AUGGCUGAGAGCGAGCGUUGUUAUUAUUCGGUGCUUGGAUUACAUAAACAAGCCUCGGCUACUGAGAUUCGUCAUGCUUAUCGAAAGCUCGCUCUGAAAUGGCAUCCAGACCGGUGGAUGAAAGAUCCCGUCGUCGCUGGGCAGGCGAAAACGCAGUUUCAGCAUAUUCAAGAGGCUUAUUCAGUAUUAUCAGAUAAAGGAAAGAAAAGAGUUUACGACGCUGGAAUGUUGGGUUUUCUUGGAGACGAUGAUGAUGAAGGGUUCUGCGAUUUUAUGCAAGAAAUGAUUUUGAUGAUGGAAAAUGUGAGGUCACAGCCACAGUUGAAGAAGUGA